UUCAUUCUACUUAAUUCUGCCCUUCUCCUCAAGAAAGAAAUCUCCCAGCCAAGAAACAAAGAGCAAAACACUACUCAAACGCCAAACCAAACCAUGGCACAAAAUUCUCCCGUCACAUUUUCGUUCGUCCUCUUCUUUGCUUGCUCUCUCUUCCUCCAUGGAACUCAAGGUGAGAUCGUAUGCGAGGAACUGCCCGCCAACGUUUGUUCUUUUUCGAUAGCAUCCUCCGGGAAGAGGUGUUUGUUGGAGAAUCUCAAGGGGAAAGAUGGCAAGGUGGAGUACCAGUGCAGGACAUCGGAGGUGGUGGUGGAGAGAAUGGCCGAACACAUUGAGACCGAUGAAUGCGUGAGCGCUUGCGGGGUUGAUAGGAACGCCGUUGGCAUCUCAUCCGAUGCUUUCUUCGAGCCACUUUUCGCUGCCAAGCUUUGUUCUCCGGCUUGUUACCAGAACUGCCCUAACAUCAUUGACCUUUACUUCAACUUGGCCGCCGGAGAAGGAGUUUACUUGCCUGCGCUGUGUGAGAAGCAAAGAAGCCGCCCUCACCGUGCCAUGAUCGAGCUCUUGAGCAAUGGCGCCGCGCCCGGUCCAGCUGCCCCUCAAUCAGAGAAUUUGGUGGCUUCUGCCCCUGCCUCUGCCCCUUCAUCUUUCUAAAAGUCCCUCUAGUAUUGAUUAGCGUUAUGGAUUCCGUAUUUAUUUCUUCGGGAUGUGUUGGUGCAUAUGCACACAUUGGAUGCCACAUGCGGGAGGAUGAUUGGCAUGUUUUCCAGAGAGGAAGAAGAAGAGACUUUAGGCUUCUUUAGGGUUUGUUGGCCCAAGUUUUUUAUUUGGAAACAUUCUUUUUCAAUUCUAUUUAGCAAUGAAUCUACAUAUUCACGAUUGUAAGUUCAAUAAAUUACUUCGGGUACUUGCGGAGUUUGUUUGCAUGUACGAAUAUUUGUACUUAGAUAUACUCAGUCUUGUCACACAUCAUGACUUUGAAAAUAUAUGGUCGUUCAUGACUCAGUUUUGGACAA